GUGCCGAUUUGUGAAACUCGUGCUUUGUCGGACGAAUACAUUUUGUGCUUGUAUAAGAGGAAAAAGGACUCUAACUUAAGUUCAGAGAGUCUGAGAGAUUGAAAGUCAUAUCUGUUCCCUUCAAGCAUCAUCCGUAACCUUGGAUACAGGAUCUGAGUUCACACUGUUCAAAGAAGACAGUGCUUAUCAAAAGUGCAGUGGAUGGAAUUUUGGAUUCAACCCCAGUAGAGUUGAUUAGACAGCUUGGCCUUAUAGACAGAGACCUUAUAGACAGGAGCGAAGGGAUCAAAUGGGUCGUCUUUAACUGGCAGGAUUGGUGCGCUCAUGGAGAUGCCCCAAGCCAAGUUCUCCAAUGCAACCGACUAUGAAUGAUGUCUAUCGCGAGGUGAAGGAAGGUCCAUUCCGCGGACUCCGUAUGGAAGGCGUGUGCCAAGCAGCCGGCCGACGACGUGGCGGAGUCCAAAGCACGGUACGCUUUGUGUCUCUUGUCGGGCGCCCCUAGGGGACCCUGUCGUUCGGUUCUACGACUGAGGGGGGUUCAGCAUGAGGGCGUGUCGUCUUCGUUCAUUUUGCCAUUUCAACGCGAAAAAGAGAGGUUUUUAAAUUAAAUAGGCCUUCCCUCUCUUACGCUGUUGAAGGGCUUAAGAAAGUUGACGACAUGGUGUGGGAUGGAGUCCGGGACGGGCUCCGGACUCGCCUUUGCCGUUAAUCAGACGGCUCGCACUUAACUUGAUGGGUUAACCUUCUAUGCUCUCCGGCGGCAGUCGUAGAAGAUCAGGCACUGAAGUAGAUGAUAUUACAACCCUCUAUGCUCUCCGGCGGCAGUCGUAGAAGAUCAGGCACUGAAGUAGAUGAUAUUACAACAAACAGCAUAGACGGAAAGACCACCUCCGAAUGGAAGGAAGAGGGUCGGUGCGAUGGGGCAUGCUUGUUGAAGAGGGCUGAAGAUGCACGAUCGUGGCGUGACAGACGUCUGGGGAUGGAUUCGGAUGCGAGCAAGAUGUGUGCCGCAUUUAGGGAAGAGCAUCCGGGAGACCCGUGCGAAGCAAGAUCCAUCUUGCAGAGCCAAGAACACCGCAGAGAGCCCAGCGUGUGACGAGAGCCCAGCGUGUGACGAGAGCCCAGCGUGUGACGAGAGCCCAGCGUGUGACGAGAGCCCAGCGUGUGACGAGAGCCCAGCGUGUGACGAGAGCCCAGCGUGUGACGAGAGCCCAGCGUGUGACGAGAGCCCAGCGUGUGACGAGAGCCCAGCGUGUGACGAGAGCCCAGCGUGUGACGAGAGCCCAGCGUGUGACGAGAGCCCACUAUACAGAGGUUUGAACAUGAUCCCAGUUUGAACACGACAAGGACUUUGACAACAGCCGUGCCCGGCCACCUGACACGAUCCUGCCAAGGGAAGCGGUUGUGCCGUUAUCUUUUGAUCGAUCCCGAACGGCCAGACAGCCGAUGGAGAAUGCUGCAGUGUUACUUCAGGUAAGCGGCCAGACAGCCGAUGGAGAAUGCUGCAGUGUUACUUCAGGUAAGCGGCCAGACAGCCGAUGGAGAAAGCUGCAGUGUUACUUCAGUAUUCCCAAAAGAUGGGUAACACCAGAAAAAGGGAACCACUCGGCUCGAACUGCUGGAAAUGACACAGAAGUGGAAGUCCUCGUCCGGAGCCGGCAUCACCACAUCCAGGUCACAGGAUAUUCAUCACCACGACCAGGGCGUCGCUCCAACUGCUGGAAAUGACGCUCUCAAGGAUGUGCAUUGUAAGUGGAGGUUGCAGAGAGUUUGCACCACCACACCCAGUCCUGGAUGGAAACAGAAUUUAUGAUCUAAUCAAAUGGAAGACCGCAAUUGUCCUGAGAUGACGAGUUGUCCACAGACGUGCACGGAUAAUGAAAGUCUUGUACAUCCAGGGGACGGAAGAGGUAUCCAGGGGCUCAGUACGCAUACCAAUCCUGGAACAGACUCUCUAUCUAACUGUGUGAAGCUUUCGCUCGGACUGUGAAUAUCUCGAUAACACACGUGUUUAUAUGCAUAGACGUUUUCAUCGCGUAUCGUAUUCUUAAACGCAAACACAAUUCUUAGUUCAGAUUGAAUCGCAAACGAAGGAUUCGCGAAAGCCACGGACCAUCGCUAGACUAUUUUAUUUUCUUCGCUCAGAUUGAACUGUUGAAAAUGUGGAUUAUAUUUAUGUACUUCAUUUGAACCACAAACGAAGGAUUUGGACAAGAUGCGUACCUCUAACCCCUUCAUUUGACGAGACGUGAUACCAAUCUCACAAGCACUGGAUGACGGCAUGCUUCAGGAAUCUCUUUACGACUGAUGCCAUGUGACGACGGGGGCACAUCUUGAGGCAAGAUGACACAAUGGAUGUGGAACCCUCGGCCCCUGAACGAUUGUCGCUAUGGGAGUCAUAAGCAACAGACUUUCUCUGGUGUAGUAUUGUACAUUCGCUACCUGUAGGCCUCUGCAGAAGGAUACGUUGUAUUUUAUCGAAAUAUCUGAUUGAAAGGUGGUUUCAUUGCAAAUCUCAAUAUCAUCCGAUGGUAAAAAGCCUACUUCCAUUUUGUGGCUGUGACAAAAUGUCUGAACACAUUUGGAACGCCUUUAAAAGACUUUCCAUCAGUCAUCGUCAGUCACUCCUCCUAGAUGAUUGUUGAUUAAGAACCAGAACCAGAUCCAAAUAAUUUACUAUCGAGCUGUUAAAAUUUACUUCAUUUUUCUCCUAAAUCACCAAAUUGAUCAGAUAUUUCAAUUUUCCCAUCGAAUGAGACAUGGGGUCCACGUGAUUCUGGUUGGUUCGACCCCAGCCAACCAGAACAUGUGUUGUCUUUGAUGGAACCGUAGGCCUUAUGAACUUUCUCGAUCCAUUCAGUACCACGAAUACCUGCGUUUAUUCCAAUCAGCUUCCGAGACCUGAUAGUGCCGGUCUCCAUUUGGGACAGAUAUGAAAUUGGCAAACUCAAACUCUAGCCUCCAUUUUAUACAAGUAUCUUAAAUUUCCUUAAACACGGUAAUUAUCCGGGUGCCUUUCAUUCUUGGUUUCAUCAAUGAUAUGAUAACAAAGGUUAUCCCCAAGACCAAAACAAAUGCAAAAGAAUCGGGCAAAUUCAUUUCCAAAUUUUGAGAUUUCGUUGAAAUAUUUUGUUGAUUGAAAUUUUUCCAAAAUAUUCCAAAUUGAUGUUGGUUCCUGACCUUGCGGUCAAGUGGAAGAGGAGCUCAGUCUUUUCAUGAUAAUUAGUCCAGAAAGAUUCAUCUUGUUUCUUCCUGUGAGUUAUAAAGAUAACAACUGCCCCAUCAAGAAGUUUCCUGUGGUACAGAAUGGGUCGAGCAAGCUGUCGCCAACGUCAAUGUCUGACGUUUUAUGUAUUAAUUUGUUAUGUUUGUAUAAUGAUACAAUAUGUGAAAUUUACAUAUAAAAGCCAUAAUACAUGUAAAGGUGAAUUCAAAAAGUUACUUCUAUUGUUAAACUCGUCCAAAGCAACCGCUUUUGUCAUGCAAAUGAGAAGACUGAUCUGAACGCCUGAUCUAGAGCGGCCCCUUUUGUCAUGCAAAUGAGAUCACAGCACGGUCCUGUUGAUCGCCAUGACGAAAUUGGUUCUUUUGUUAUUUAAAUAACCCACUAACCGAUGUCGUGCUGUUUCGGAUCAAUGAGGUCAAGGUUCGUGACCUGAAUACACCACAGCAGUUCACCUUGCUUGCAUUUACAAUGGUUGUCGCUGCAUGCGACUCAAAAACAUAAAUUAUGUAGAUAUUCCAGUGGAAAAUGGUUUCCCAAACAAAAUGAACAUAAACAUAAGAUGUUUUCAACCGGACCGUGUAUAACAAUGUGUCCCAAAAGUGUUGCAUGUAUCAAUGGCUCUUUGCAUUAUUUUAGAAAUUUUGAAUUUCACACUAUUUAUUGAGUUGUUCCUCGGAGUUGUCUUUUGUCUCUAUCAAACUGGCUUUGCCGGCAAGUUCCUCAUAAAGCGAUCGUUCCAAAUGAUGGGUUGCGGGUUUCCCCUGCCUUGUACCUACAUUCUAAAUUGCCCUCUCUUUGCACAGUUAUAGAAGUGUGAGGCGCCGUCCACUCAAAAAUGUAAAUAGUUUUUGUUCAGAAUAUGCUUGCAUAUUAUCGCUGUUUUGGAGAAUGAAUUGCCCUGUGGUGUCAUUGUUUUGAUAUUGUUCGGUAAAAUCUUGAUAAAUUCUUGGA